GCGUAAAUUCCAAAAUCCGCGUAAAAAAAAACCGCGUAAAUUCCAAAAUCCGCGUAAAAAAAAACCGCGUAAAUUCCAAAAUCCGCGUAAAAAAAAACCGCGUAAAUUCCAAAAUCCGCGUAAAAAUAAACCACCCUAAAUUUUAAAAUACACGUAAAAAACUAAUAGUCAGUGAAUUAUUGAUAUAAAAUGCAACCCAUAUUCAAACAAAUUGCAUAUUGUGUGCAUAUAUUGCGUGACACAAGGCUUCACGAAGGUAGCUCCUUGGCCGAUUGCAUGUAAAUACCUGUUUAACCGUUUGAGUGCGGAGAAGCGCGAUAGCGCUCCUCUUGUUUCUGCGGGGAGCACCUUUAAACAUAGGAUUUUGUCUUUCUGGAACAUGUUGGGGGUACAGAUUGAAAAUGUCCAGAUUCUACCGCUUAUUGCUCAUCCAUUUUUCGAUGGAUUUAACACGUUAAGCCCCGAUUUUUUCGUGCUCUGCUUCCCAUUCAGCGCGCAUCAAGAGCGUUUGAACAAUAUAAGUGUCGGUCCCAGCUCCCGAAGAUACUUAUUGUAUAAAUAAAAAACAGUCAGAGAUUCAACUAGAAAGUAGUUACAAGUAGGUUUUUACGCAUUUUAUGCCUGUUUUAUCUUUGAAUUAUCUGUAAAUCGCUACAAGUUGUUGUUCCGUCCAACGUGCAACAACCGAGUGGUAAGUAAAGAGCUGUUUGGUUAGGUGGCAUGACCAAAAUACGUAGAAGCAUAUUUUAACCCUGCCUCAAAUUACUAUUUUAACAACAAAUUUCAAAUGUAAGAGUAUACAAACUGUUUCUACAGUAUCUUAUAUAUGUAUUGGCUACAUUGAAUUGUUCUAAAAGCAUACCUAUCUGUUAUAUGGUCGGUGUUAAGUCAGACCGGGCCAUGUGACAUUUUUAUGAUUUCGAGAAAACGAACAUAAAGUUUAAUGCUCUGCAAUUUACAAAGCAUUUAAUUUUUUCGUUCAAUAUUGUUCUCAGAAGUUUGAGCUACUCUCUGCCAAUACUGUGAUGUAUGAUAGUUGUAAAAAAACAUCAAGUAUCAUGCCAAAAAAGGCUGUUAUUUGGCUGCCUAUACGUACAAAGUCCGCUCUGACUGAACUAAAUGAUGUAUUUUUUGAGAGUUGGUUCACUAUGACUGAACAAUUCCGAACAGUAUUCGUCAAUAUAUCGUCAAAUUUGAACUCAUUGUCAUCGUUACAGCCUAAAUCGCACUCUGAAAUAGUAUAUUUUGCGAUCAUUCACACUGCAUUUUUCACUGAUCCGUUCAGUCGGAGUGAACCAAUUUUAUUUUUAUGCAGUCGGGCACAGCGUGUGUUGGUGAUGGCUAGCUCAUAGUUGCGCUGUGGGAGGGGUACUCGUGGUUUGUGGGGUCGUGUGCAAAUUAUGUGUGCUGCUAGAUGCUGUCGCUUCAGUUCGUUCGGUGUGGAACUGAACACAUAUAAAAGGACGAAAUCGCAUUAAGAAGUUAUUCGUGAUUUAACCUUGCAGUGAAAGUUAAAGUGAAAGUGCAGUUCCUGAACCGUGGUGGUUGUAGAGUCUAGCCAGUUUGUGUUCGGUCGAGUUCGGCCAGUUCCCAGCGAGUUACCCAACCUUGGGGGUAAUCGUGUGCAGUUCCGCUUUUCGACAGUUAGCUGAAGACGUCAGCAGUAUUCAAAAUUUUUGAUUAAAGGCAUACUCUAAAAUGGCUUCGCAAAAAACCGCCUUCAAAAAAAACAGAUCAAGAGUGUCUCUUUCUUUGGAAAUGAAGCUCAAUAUUUUGGAUGCCCUUCAAGAUGGGAAAUCUGUUGCAAACGUCGGCAGGAAUUUAAAAAUCAACGAAUCGACUGUGCGUACAAUUAAAAAGAAUCAAGAUAGCAUCAGACAGACAGCAGCUCAGGGCACUAUCUAUGCAACAAAAUCCUCAUCAUAUACACGAGAUCCAUUGAUGGUCAAGAUGGAAAAGGCACUUCAUAUGUGGAUCGAAGAUCACGCGCAGAAGAAAAUACCCUUGGAUCAGGAAUUAAUAAGGGAGAAAGCUUUGAGCCUUUACCUUUGGUUAGAGAAGAAUGAGCCGUCUUCAAGUAAAAAGAAAGACUUUACCGCGAGUAAGGGAUGGUUUUAUAACUUUAUACGUAGUAAUUCCAUUCGCAACGUUAAAAUCAAGGGUGAAUCCGCAUCGGCCGAUGUUUCGGCUGCAAAUAGUUUUCCUCCAAAGCUCGCUAAGAUCAUAAAAGAAGGUGCGUAUCAUGGUGACCAAGUGUUCAAUGGAGAUGAAACGGGUCUUUUUUGGAAAAGAAUGCCGUCUCGUACCUACAUUACGCAGCAGGAGCAAUAUGCCAGUGGUUUCAAAGCGGCCAAAGACAGGGUUACCCUGUUAUUUUGCAGUAAUGCUUCAGGCGACCUUAUGUUGAAACCGCUAUUGAUCAAUCGUGCUAUGACGCCCCGCUCGUUGAAGGGGGCUGAUUUCAACAAACUGCCAGUGCACUGGAAAGCUAACACUAAAGCGUGGGUCACAAAAGCCGUUUUUGAGGAAUGGUUUUACGAUAUGUUUAUUCCGGAAGUGAAAACAUACUUGGAAGGAAAAGGUUUGGAGUUCCACGUGCUUUUGAUUUUGGAUAACGCUCCAGGACACCUAGUUAUCAAGCACCCAAACGUUCAAGUUGUGUUUCUUCCACCGAAUACAACUUCUUUGUUACAGCCUCAAGAUCAAGGAAUAAUUGCUGCUUUCAAGAAGUUGUACAUUAAACAAUGUCUUCGGUACAUCCUCGAAAAGCUUGAAAGCGAUGAAACGAUGACGGUAAUUCAAGCGUGGAAAGAAUUUAAGAUAAGAGACGCUCUGACGUUCAUAGGAAAGGCUCUGUCUUCUAUGAAAUCUAAAACAUUGAAUUCGUGCUGGAAGCCACUAUGGCCAGAAUGCGUGAAAGCUGGUUCAACAGACCCUUCAAAUGUGGAAGAAUCAGAAAUUCUCAUUCUGGCACAUGCAAUUGGAGGGAAAGGAUUCAAAGAUAUGGAUAGUAGAGACGUUGAAGAGCUUCUUGAAGACACCGAAAUUGAAGAUGAUGAACUGAUGCAGAGUUUAGUCACAUCGGAGCCUUUAGAGGACGAUGAAGACCGGGAUAUCAAGCCAUGUGAUAUCGAAGACGGGAAUAAAUUAGCGGAUACCCUCGUAAAACAUUUUAUGGAAAAGGAUCCUUGUGUUGAGAGAGCCGUUUCAUUUCGGAAUGAUUUGAAACUGUGUAUGCUUCGCUACAAUAGAUUGAACGAAAAAACACAGCCAACAGUUAUCGAUGAAGAUGACGAGGAUUUCAGCUUACCAUUGGAACGCAGACGAUCUCGUCCGAUUUCUUCGGAUGAGGAAGAUAUCGCCACAUCAUCUAACCGCAAACAUCCACGUGUUGCUAAUGAUAGUGAUUAGAUCAAUAAAAGAAAUUCUUUUUUCCACUUGACUACAAUAAAAUUGAUUUAUGAAUACAUUGGUAAAAAUAUCAUGGUAAAAAACUAAAAAUAUGUUUAAUUAAAUUUGUCUAAAUUCCGAAAACAUUUGUUUGUAUUGUAAUUUUUUCAAAUUGCAAAAAUGCAAUUUGAAAAAAUUACUUUCGAACUACUGGACCGCUUCACAUGAUCGAUAUAUCAAAUUAAAGCCAAUUAGCUAGUCUUUCUUGAAAAAAUGUUAUACUAGCAAAACAGUUGGAUUUUGUUUUCGUAAUUAUUGAUUGUAUUUGUUUGCUUAUAGUUUACAUGAUCCAAGGACGCUAUAUUUUUUUAUGUUUCUUGAAAGUUCUGGUUUUUCCACACAAGAUAAUCGAAAAUCAGAAAUGUGAUUUUUAUCGUUUUCGAGUUAUGAGUUUGCCGAUGGUCCGAAAAAUCAGAUUUUUCUCUUUUUCUAUAAAUAACUUUUUUCUAGAAAGAAGAAGCUUUCAAGAAAAAAAUAUUUAAAAUAUAGUGCCCUUGGUCACGCAACCAUAUAAACUAUAAAAAACAAGUACAAUCAAUAGUUACGAAAACUUGGCAAAAUUGGUUGUACUGUUCGAAAAAUGAGAAAAAAUGUUACUCUAUGUUUCUAUAUUUUGUAUUUUAUAUGAAACAUCUAAAUUGGUAAAUUUUAUCAACAAUUAGAGCGACAAAAACUCUAAAGUUUUUAAUUUGUUAUUAAUUUUAUCAAAAAAAAAAAAUGCAUAAUAAACUUGAUUGUUUCUUGAAAUUUAAUUGAAGCUUUCUGAACGCUCUAUAAUUUGUUCUUCGACAUCUAGCUCCUAUAUUUUCUUAUUCCGCAGCAAUAUCAUUUUAAACAAUUCCUGGUGAGUCUUCAAUUAGAAUUUCCUAAUUACCACGGUUUUUACUCCAUUGUACUUAUAAUAUCCAAUAAACUUUCACCUUAACUUUGAAAUAU